AUGGUCCAGAACGCUAAGAACACCUACUACUCCCUGGAGUGGUUCCAGGAUAUGAAGAAGGAGUACGACGCUGCUUCCCCUGACCGCUGCUUGGGCAUGACCUUCGACAAGGCUGCUAGACUUAUCUCCGAGGACGGCCUUCCCAUGACCACCGAGGAUGUCAAGAGAUUUGACGAGAACAACGAUGGCAGCAUCAACUUCGAGGAGUACCUCACGAUGCGCUUCGAGUACGACAACCGCCGUCAGGACAAGCGUGGCCGUUUCUUGGAGUAAGCGGGCGUAUAAUGAAUCCUCAACAGACUCUAAGCUGGAGGGAUAGUGGGGUG